AUGAGUAACUCAACACGUGCAAUUUUUACGAAAAUCUGCACUCGGGCAGUAACACUGACUAAUGUACCACCUUGUAUUGAUAAUGUUCGAUAUGUAAGCUCCAUAAGUUCUUCAUUGGUUUCACUUGCUUCUUAUAAUGUAGACACACAAUUAUUGCAGUACGCGAAUACGUGUGUCCAACGACUAACUUCAUUAAUUUCACAUCUUCCAAUAACACAAACAUUGUCAGAUGAUGUAACUGUAAGUAUUCUUCGUAUCGUUAAGAGUGGUUCUCGUGGGUGUAUUUCUUCUAUUUGUAUGAGGAAUUUAUUAAUGGAAUUGGAUGAACGCACCAUAGAUGCCCAAUUUGCACUUUGGAAACCUUCAAUGGUUCUUGUAUCACUUCAUGCUCUUGCCAAAGCUGCACCAACAGAGCCACUAGAAAUAAUAGAUACACUUCUCUAUUGUGCUAAGGAACAUUUACUACAACUAGAUGAACCAAAAACAGCUCGAUUACUUUGGUCUAUUGCUACACUUCGAAUGGAAAUGAAACAUACAUCCUUAUGGAAGGCUACAUGUCGUCGUCUUAUUUAUUUUUCAAGUAAUUUAACAGCGUCUAGUAGAUCAUUAGUGGUGGAGGCUCUUAUUAUUGUACCAGAAUGUGUGUGUGAUGCUCAACAGGAGUUAUUAUCUGUUCUUCAGGAAACUCGUCUUGCCGGUAGAGAUGGGGAUAACUUCUUGGGAAGUGAGGAAGAAUUACUCUUGGGGAAGGAUUAUAAAAGCUUAAAGGAUCGUUUAUUAUCAGAUGCGCAUUUAUUACCAGCAGAGUCUAUUAUUCGAAUGCUUUCUAGAACACAUAGCGCUUCUUCUGUUGAUACAGAUGAGGUGGAUUUUCUCUUACAGCACAUUCUUCGACGUCAGCAACUUGGGGAGGAUCUUUGUCAUGAGUUAAUAAAGUUUGUAGUAACGCUUGAACCCAGUGAAGUCACCCGUUCUAUUAGACGUCAUAUCUUAAAUUGUAUUCGUGCUAAUUGUUUAGAUAGAUUAUGUGCAAAGGAUGCACUUCUUAGCUCUUUGGGUACAGUCUGUAUAGCAACUGUACUGGAGAAAGAGGAUUCUACUACACAUGAAGUAAGCCGUGAAACUCAAUUAUUGUUGGAGGAACUUAUUUCAAAGUGUCAUGAAAUUCGUGAUCUGGUUUGGGAACGAUAUAAUGGUAAACUUGCAGGAUUACUCUCAGUCGCAUUGGAUAUCUUAGAUUCAUGUAAUGAGAAUAUAAGAGAUACUGUACUCUUUGCAGAGAUUACUCGACUUUUGGAAGAAUUUACCGCAUCAUGGGAACGAGGUAAUCCUGGAUCUGUUGUAGUGACUGAAUGCACAGGAUGUCUCUGUAGCGUUUGUGAUUUACUUCGUAUUUCUCCUCUGCUGCGUUUAUCAUUAACAUCAUCAUCAUUAUCAUCAUCAUCAUCGCCGUCGUCACUGAAUACUACAACUACAUCUACAAAUACUAUCAAGAUGAUGACGGCAGUUGGUGAAGGUGGGAUAUACACAAGGACAUGCGGUUUACUGCAAUCUUGCACUCUCUCACUUGAACGUUGCACAUCGUCUCUUUCACCAGCAGUUGUCUUUGAUUUAUGGCGAAGAACUCCCCGUCUUGUAGCCGAUGGAGGUUUUGGUAAUGUAUUGUUACCACUUACGGAGUUGUUGUUAAAUUACGCAGAGCAGAAUCCGGCGCAAUUCUCACUGCGGGAGAUGACAAAGUUUAUGAGAAGUGACUCUCACGAGUUCCCAGUGGAGGCGUUUGAGAUUUUUGUUCGUUGUUUGAUGAAUGAAUCCGAUAGUGUGACGUCGUUGCACCUCGAAGUAUUGUUAACAGCACUCGAAACUGUUGCUGCGCAGAGAGGAAUAAAGGAAGAAACCAGUGCUGCUACUCCUGCUCCUACUACUGUUGGUAGUGUUAGUACUACUGGAGGAGGAGGAGGAAACAAGUUGUUUCUAGAGCGAUUGUUGUUGUUGUUGUUUAUUCGACCGUUAGGGCAUAAAAAAGCUCUUGUCUAUGUUGCUGCAUUCUCAACUCCCCAGUUAGUACGUCUUUAUCAGUGUUGCAAUAUCGUUUCUGAUGUAAUAGUGUCUAUGCAGGCUACUCUUCUUGAGCUUAUUGUGAAUUCAUGUGUGCGGUGCACGACGAUGGCGGAGUUGAAUACGGCGGCAUCACUUCUACCGCAACUCUCGCCUGGUGGAUUGAAGAAUGCACUCGCCUGCGCACUCGCACAGAGGGCAAAAACCAUGAAUGUAGCAUCUACUCCAGAUUUACACAAAGCCUUGCUGGUGGUUUAUUUUAACAAGGCAGCUAUUCCCUUGGAUGAGGAACUACUGAAGGCGCUAAGACGACGGGUGUAA